CGCAGCCGAAAGAACAGAACCAAGAUGAACCAUGUCCAGGUCAUGUCGCGGCGCAUGGUCCUGCCGGAGCCGACUUGGCUGCCGCCGGAGCCGGAGACGACCAUCGACCUCACGCCGUGGGACCUCUCGAUGAUCGCCUUGGAGUACAACCAGAAAGGCAUCCUCCUGCCCAACCCUCCCGCCACAGAAGAUGGAGAAGGACGGGGACACCACGCCGUCGUCGAACGCCUGGCAUCGUCCUUCGCGCGCGCCCUGGGCCGGUUCUACCCCUACGCCGGCCGCCUAGCCUUCACACCGGGGAACAAUACUGACGGGGAGCAGGGCGAGAGCAUCGCCAUUUCGCUUCGCUGCAGCAUGGAGGGCGCCGAGUUCGUCCACGCCGUGGCGCCGGGCGUCACCGUGGCCGACAUCACCGCGCCGCUGUGCACCCCGACGCUGGUCCGGUCCUUCUUCCCGCUGGACGGGCUGCAUGGAGUGGACGCUGCCGCGGGCUCGCACCCGCUCCUAGCCGUGCAGGUCACCGAGCUGGCCGACGGUGUCUUCGUCGGCAUAUCGCUCAACCACGCUGUCGCCGACGGUUCGGCCUUGUGGCACCUCUUCAACACCUGGUCCGAGAUCAGCGGCCAAAGUGACGGCGCCGACAUCAAGUCGCCUUUGCCGGUGCAUCGGAGGUGGUUCCUUGACGGCUGCCCUGUUCCGGUUCCUCUGCCCUUUGGCAAGCUGGAGGACAUGCCCGUCAGCCGGCGUACUACAGAUGUUGAGCAUCCAUCAUCGGUGAAGGAGGAAUGCUUCCUCAAUUUCUCCGCGGAGACGGUAAAGCAGCUCAAAGCAAAGGCGAACGCCGAGAUCUAUGGCACCAGCAAUGGCGUCACCACCAUCUCCUCGUUGCAGGCCGUGCUCGCGCACCUAUGGAUCGCGGUGACCCGAGCCAGGAGGUUGGCACCGGACCACAGCACAACGUACGUCAUCCUCGUCGGGUGCCGGGGCCGCUUGGAUGGCCUGCCGGCGGCAUACGCUGGCAACGCCGUUGCACGCGCCGAGGCGGUGUCGACCGCCGGCGAGAUCAUGGAGAGGGGGCUGGGUUCGGCGGCGUCGCUGCUGAACGGAGCGGUGGGGUCCUUCGACGUGGCAACUCAGAGGGACAGACAUGCAUCUUGGCCGCAAGAGCAUUACUUCUUGCGUGCGCGCCCAACGGCCACGGCCAAGAUGGUGACCGGGGGCUCGCCGCGGUUCGACGUGUACGGGAACGACUUCGGGUGGGGCCGGCCGGUGGGCGUGCGGAGUGGCCGAGCGAACAAGAUGGACGGCACGGCGACGGUGUUCGAGGGCAGAGGCGGCGGGGGGAGCAUGGCUCUCGGGGUGUGGCUCCCGCCGGAGGUGCUCGCGAGGCUCGUCGCGGACGAGGAGUUCAUGAGCACAGUGACGUGAGCGCGGCCACAGCGUGACCGAUCAAACAGAUUCUUACUAGUGUCUAGUGGUGCAUCAGUUAGCUACAUGUGGGAUAAAUCUUGCUUUCCAUCUGGGCCAGCACUCUGCGCCGGCGCACCGGCUGAAUUUUCGGCCGGUCCGGCCGCAGCCGUUCGAUUUGGGCUCCAAUAGCCGUCAGAU